ACCAUCAACCCUAUCGCAACAGAGCCGCCAUUAUUCUGUCAAGCCGCUGUCCCUCCCUUUUGUACUUCUAAUGACAUGUCCUCGCAAUGUUCUACAGUCACGAAAUUCUCACUAGCCGCCAGUAUGGCGUGGCCACCAUCUGGCUGGUGGCCACGAUCGGCUCGAAAUCAAGCACCAAGAAGGUGACGCGUAAGGCCAUCCAGGAUGUAGACGUGCGAAAGGCCUGUGAGAAGAUCUUGGAGCCCGGCGCCCCCAUCGCACUGCGCUUGCAGGGUAAUUUACUCUAUGGUGUCUCGCGUGUCUAUCACCAGCAAUGCGACUACAUGCUCACGGAUGCUGCUAAAAUCCAAAUGCAUAUGAAUAUGUUCUUCAAGAAAUUCGGAGCAAAUCUCGUUGACGAGGAUGCGGGGCGAGGAAGAUCAGAAAAUCUCAUCAUCAUGGAUGACCCAGAAUUUAUCCCAAUGCCCCAGAUCCCCGACUUCGACGUCCAAGAGUUCGUGUUGAGCCAGCAUACCGACAAGACCUCAUCGCAGAUGUCUCCGCACUCCUUGCUGUCAGGAGGUUCGGGAGGUUCAGGUCCAGAAGGCUUUCCACUUGAGUUCAACCUUCGUCAUUCUGAUUCAUCCAGCGCUCGCGCCUCCCCUCACGGUCUCCAAGGUCUUCAGGGAUUAUCUUCUGCGCAGAAGCCAGCAGCCAUGGACGAUGGCGAAAAUAUCUUCGGCUGGUCGGACAACGCGGGUGCCGGAGAUUUUGGAAUGGAAAUCGACGAAUUCGGCAACAUCAUGGAGAGGAGCGGCCCGGAUCCAGCCCUCGUCCAGGGUGACUUUAAUUUCGAUUUCGACUUGCCGGUGAUGCCCAGCAUUGAAGGUACCGGAAAUGCUCCACAGCCACACAUUGACAAUCAAGGAGACGUCCUCAUGGUGGAUGAACAACCCUUGCCCGAUGCUGAAGCUUUGCCUGAGCGCCAAAACAGGCAUAAGCAGAAGGAGGCCGACCCGUUCGCGGCAUCCGAAGAACCUGUCGACCAGCCUGCCCCAAAACAACGUCGCAAGAAAAAGCUCAAGGUCAUUCACGCAGACGAGGAGACCAUCAUCUCACGCAAUGUCAUCAGAGAGUGGCAAGACAACUACCUCGAAAACUGCGGCACGCGCAAGCCGCAGUCUGUCAGCACAGCACAAGCGAGACGAAAUGCCAUGCAGCUGACAUUCGGCCUAGGAAUCGCCAAUAUUGGAGAGAACAUCGGCCUCCCCAACCUCUACCAUCCCCUAAUUAAGAAAUUUUCAGGCGAUUCUCUAUUCACAGCAGUCACAGGCCUUGAGGUCUUUGAGAAGAGCCACCGUGGAAAGCGUCUGCGAUCUGCAUCUGAGUCCAUCGACGUUUUCCAGGAUGAAGCCCGCCGCGUGCGACCACGAGUCGAAGAGGGAGGCGUGGAGGAACAGCCAGGAGAAGGCCGAGGUGCAGCAGUAAACGACAUCUUCGAUAUGGGACUGCAGCCAAGCCCUCCCGAGGUCGGCAGAGAGGCUCGACCCUCUAUGGACGACCACCCCUCGUCCGCCAUGCCCUGGAACCGCAACUCGUCCGCCAUACCCGGCUCCUCGAUCCGCCCACCUGGCUCAGCCCAACCACAGUUAGGUCGCGACCAACCCUCCAGCCCACUUGCCAAGCGCGGCUCCGUCGACGAAAUCCACCGUUACAGCGAUGACAUGCCCGUAGGCGACGCCGACAACUUCAACUUCGGCUCGGGCGACGGCCUGCACUCGGCCGACUCAUCCUUCGACGGCAUGCCACCUCCUCCCCUUCCCAAAACCCCUUCAAAGCGACAAUCUCAAAGCGAAAGCCAAUACGCGCGCGAGCUGCUCGACCGUGAGGGCGCCAAUUUCCUGGGUUUCAUCGAGACGGAGAUGGAGGAGAAUGGCGAGCGGCGCCACGAGGAGGACUAUUUGCUGCGCCGUAAGUGGCUGACCUUUGACGAUGUCUUCGUGCCUCGAUUGACGAACCGCACCACGGCCGCGCAGGCGUUUUACCAUGUCCUGACGCUAGUCACCAAGGGGAAGAUGCUGGUGGAGCAAGAUGGAGCGCAAAACGAGCCGUUUGGGGCCAUUCACGUCGGGGUUAAGGAGUCUUGAGCUCCUUUCAAGACGAUGGUGCGGUAUGCCACGAUUCUGUCUGAAAGGGUAGACGUGUAGGAGUUGCCUUUCCUCGCUCCUUCUUUUCAUCUGUUUUACUGUUUGUUGUGCGAUUGUUACU